UACUUUUGUGAAUUUAUGUGGCGACGCCAGUAUACAGACUCUAAUUCAAAUAAUUUUAAAUGGUUUUUGAAUGCUGUUAAGAAAAACUUUGUGCUACACACGGAAGACACAUUUCUAAGAACUUAUGUAGCUUUUGGAGAAAAAACUCGAGACCUAGGAGUAUCAGCCAAAAAUAAACAAAUUACUAACUUGAAGAACACAAUAUUUAGCUUCAAGAGGCUUAUUGGGCGAAAGUUUAAUGAUGCUGUAAUUCAGCAUGAAUUGCAAUAUGUUCCUUACGAUGUUUGUGAUUUGCCAACUGGUGAAGUUGGAUUCGAGGUUAAUUAUUUGCAAGAAAAAACCAUUUUUACUGUCCCACAAGUUAUGGCCAUGAUGCUUACCAAAUUAAAAGAGAUUUCAGAAGGCAAUUUAAGAAUUAAAGUUCAAGAUUGUGUUAUAUCAGUUCCCAUAUACUACACAGAUGUAGAAAGAAGAGCAAUUCUUGAUUCUGCAGAAAUAGCAGGCCUUAAUGUUCUCAAGCUGAUGAAUGAGCCUACUGCUGUUGCACUUGCAUAUGGUUUCUAUAGACAAGAUCUGCCAGAAGAUAAGCCCAAAAAUGUGGUAUUUGUAGAUCUAGGCAACUCUGCUCUCCAAGUCACUGCUUGUGCUUUCACAAAAGGAAAGCUUAAGAUUUUGGGGAGUACAUGGAAUCGUACUCUUGGUGGACGAGAUUUUGAUAAUGUAUUAGUAAAACAUUUUGUUAAUGAUUUCAAUGACCGUUACAAUCUAGAUAUCAUGACUAACAAGAGAGCUGUAAUGAGGCUGAUGCAAGAAUGUGAGAAACUGAAAAAGCAAAUGAGUGCAAACUCUUUAGAGCUACCAAUAAACAUUGAGUGUUUUAUGGAUGAUAAAGAUGUCUCAGGAAGAAUGAAACGGGAAGAUUUUGAAAAUCUUGCUUCUGACCUCCUACUUAAUAUUGAAAACACAAUGAAAAGGCUUCUUCGUGAUGCACACCUGAAACCGGAUGAUAUCGAUUCAGUUCAAAUUGUGGGUGGCUCAACAAGGCUUCCUGCUGUUAAGCAAUUAGUCCAAAAGGUUUUCGGUAAAGAACCAAGCACAACUUUAAAUCAAGAUGAAGCUGUUGCAAGAGGCUGUGCUUUACAGUGUGCUAUGCUGUCUCCUACAUUUAAAGUGCGAGAUUUUUCAAUUACUGAUAUUCAGCCUUUUCCAAUAAAAUUAGUGUGGAAGGCUCAGAAAUCUGAAGAUAAUGAAAUGGAAGUUUUCCCUUAUUUUCAUCCGGUCCCAUUCUCCAAAAUGUUGACCUUCUACAGAACUGAGCCUUUUACUCUUGAAGCCUUCUACUCUGGCGUACCAGCAAGAGCAAAAAUAAGUAAGACCUUUAACAUUUUUUAA